AUCGCCUGACAUUUAGACGCAAACGCAUUGUUAAUUAAUAAUACAAACACGUUGAUUGUGAAAAAUUCUUUGUCACGUAAAUGAUGAUGUCAGAAAAUGUGACUAAAUUAUGGCUCAAUUUUUUAAUAAUCGAUUAUUAUUGUCAUCUAUAUUGUUUUUAUUGUAUAUAAUUAUCAUUAGCACAAUCAUUCAUCAUGUUCAUUCGAAUAAUACCGUCCAAGAGGCUAAGGAUGUAGCCGUUCGUGAUCACCUGCUUUUGAUCACAACAUUGGAUGGUUCAUUUCAUGCCGUAUCACAACGAAACGGUCUAAUCAAAUGGACCAUUCCGAAUUCACCAAUUCUUCAGAUGUCACCAUUGAUUAACAUAUCUGAUGAUAAUAAACAACAUCAUUUUCUUUUACCGGAUCCCAAAGAUGGUACAUUAUAUCUAUUUAAUGGUUUCAGUCAUGAUAAAAACAAGCACAAUCGUCGUACAACAUUGGAAAAAUUACCAUUCACCAUUAGUGAAUUAGUUGCCACAUCACCAUGUCGAAGCUCGGAUGGUAUGAUUUAUGCAAGUAAAAAAAUUGAUGAAUGGAUUAUUGUCGAUGUUGAAAGUGGUAACAAAAUUGAUUCAAUCAAUGUCGAUUCACCGGUUUGUCCAACACCCGAACAACCAAUUCCUGAUCCAUUAUUACCUGCUACACACAAUCUAUUACAUCUGUUCAAAAGUGAAUAUCAAAUCUCUGUAUUUAGUUCACAGAAUCGAGAAAAGAUAUUUAAUUUCACCUAUAUCGAUUAUUCACCAUCAAUGAUCAGUUCAAUAUCACAAAGUUCAUAUGAAUUUUUACAUCUUACUUCUAGUACGAAUGGUAAAAUUGCCACAAUGGAUGUAACGAAUGGCCACAAUUCUUUCCUAUGGUCAUUCGAAUUUGAUUCACCCAUUGUAUCGAUAUAUCGAUUGUCAGAAACAGCCAAUUUCCCAAUCAUACAUCGUGUUCCAUUCUUCACAAUUGGUGGUUUUAUCAAUACAACAAAUUUUUUCGGACCAAAACCGAAACUAUUUCCAUCCGUUUAUGUAGGUGAAUUAAGUGAAUCAAAAUCAUUGUAUGCAUUAAGCGCUUUGGUUGAAACGAAUCAAAUUCGUAAAGAUUCAGAUUACCUCAUUGAAGGUCCCCUACCACCAGGGAAAUUUGAUGAUCGAUUUGAUCUAUUGAAAUAUCUGCUUGGCUAUUAUGAAUAUCCGAAAGAUUCGGAAAUUAAAUUUUCAGUCAUACCACGAACACAGCUCAUAUCGAAUGUAGCCUAUUCAGAUGGCCGAACACAGGUGAUUGAUGAACGAUUGCAAAUUCAAGACUAUAGUUCGAAUCGAAAAAGUUCUGCAAAUAAUGAUGCAAUUGAAUAUUAUACAUUCUGGAUGUUUAAUUUGAUAAUUCUGUUGGUAUUGCUCGUCAUAAUGGCCAUCUUGGUACCAAUUUUGGCUAUGUUCUAUCUGGAUAAACGUAAUCAUAUUAAUAACGAUAAAAAGACAAUAAUAUUAUCAACAUCAAAUGAUAGCCAAAUUAGUAUCGGUAAAAUAACAUUCAAUCUAAGCGAUAUAAUUGGUCGUGGCUGUGCCGGUACCUGUGUAUACAAAGGACUAUUCGAAGGUAAACAACAAAUUGCUGUUAAACGUAUCGUAUCCGAUUGUUUUCGAUUGGCUAAUCGAGAAAUUGACCUAUUGAGACAAUUACAACAUCCAAAUCUAAUUCGUUAUUUUGCCACUGAAUGUGAUGAUCAAUUCACUUAUAUUGCAAUCGAAUUGGCCGAAAUGACAUUAGCCGAUUAUAUUGAUGAAAUGAAAAAAGGCGCCGUUGAUUCAUCAUCACAGCUGGAUAAAAUAGAUGUAUUGAAGCAAGCAUGUUCAGGUCUUCAUCAUCUACAUUCAUUGGAUAUUGUACAUCGUGAUAUUAAGCCGGCAAACAUAUUGAUAUCAUCGAUUCAAUCUACCAAAAAUGUUGUUCGACGAAGAAAAAUAAUGAUCACUGAUUUUGGUGUAUCGAAAAUUCUAUCUUCAGAAUCAAUGUCUACGGCUGAUAAUCGUUCGGCCGGUACCGAAGGCUGGAUUGCGCCGGAAAUAUUGAUACGGAAAGUAAAUGGAGAGUAUGAAAAACCAUCGAAACCAAACGAUAUCUUUUCGAUGGGAUGUUUAAUCUACUAUGUCCAUACAGAUGGUGAUCAUCCAUUUGGCAAUCUAAUCAAUCGACAGACAGCAAUAUUGAAUGGUCAGGCUGAUCUAAAUCGACUAAAUAGCGAAGAUGAUAUAUGUCUUCGAUCAUUGGUCGAACCAAUGAUUGAUCAAAAGGUGGAUAAUCGUCCACCAAUCGAUGCUAUUGUUAAACAUCCAUAUUUUUGGAAUGAACAACAAUCAUUGCAAUUCAUGCAAGAUGUUUCUGAUCGAUUCGAAUGUGAACAAUCGGAUUCAGAAUUAAUACGUACACUGGAACAAGGUUCAUUAGAUGUAUGUCGUGGUGAUUGGCGUCGUUGUAUUACGAUUGAAUUACAAGAAGAUCUACGAAAAUUUCGUUCAUAUAAAGGACAUUCCGUACGAGAUCUAUUACGAGCCAUACGAAAUAAACGUCAUCAUUAUCAUGAACUUGAUGCCAGUGUACAACGAUCACUUGGUUCGAUACCGAAUGAAUUUUCACGCUAUUUUACAUGUCGUUUUCCAAGACUCAUCAUACAUUCAUACAUAGCAUUACAAUCAUGUUCAAAUGAAGAUGUAUUUCGACAUUAUUAUUAUACAAACACACAGCAUGAUCAAAUGAGUAAUGUGCAUUCAUUUCGAUUUAAGCCAUUAUCAAGAGCAACAAUUCGUUGGAAUGAACGAUGGAAAGAAGAAAAUGGUAUGCAUCCAUUUGUUUUUAAUCUAAGACAACGUAAAAAACAGUCACCAUCAUUAUCAACAAUUCCUUUUUCUCUUCCACAAAAACAACACGAACAACAACAGUCAAUAUCUACAACAGCAAAAACAACGAUAGAUUCAAUAAAUGAACCAAUGGAUUCAAAUAUUGAAACAAUAACGACUGAUUCCCAUUUCUACAAUGAUGUAUUCAAGAUUUAAUGUGAUGUGAUUAUCAAUUAUUAUAUUGGCCUUACAUAUUAAGAAUUUAUUUAAUUGAUUAAUUGUUAUUAUUAUUAUA